AUGGUUCCCCUGCUGAUACCGCUGUUGGGCAGCGUGGCGGCCAAGGCUGGCGAUGCGAUGGCCCGCCGGAAGCUGGAGCGCCACCUUGCUGCCGUCCAGUGCAUCCUGCUCGAUGCUGAAGACAAGAGCCGCACCAACCCUGCCAUCCGCCAGUGGAUCAAGGACCUCAAGACCGCGGCUUACCAAGCCGAUGACGUCCUUGAUGCCUUCCGCUACGAGGUGCUGCGCCGCCGUGCUGCCCAGAUCCGCAGCCACUCAACCGCACGCAAGGUGUUGAGUUAUUUCAGUGUCAAUAGUCCGAUUGUUUUCCGUCUUUCAAUGAGUGGGAAGAUGAAGGAUGCCCUUAAAAUCAUAGAUGAACUGGUCGCGGAGAUGAACACUUUCCACUUCCUACAAAAUACCGAGGCACCAACCGUUAUUCAUCCGCGAACAAACUCUCAUGUUGAUAACUCAGAGAUUGUUGGCAAAGAAGAUGAGAAGGAACUAGUACGAGUUAUGCAUCAUUUUGAGUUGGUCAUAUGGGUUUGUGUCUCUAACAAAUUUGUUAUCGAUGAAAUAAUCCGAUCUAUAAUACAAGUAGCCACGAUGAACAAGUGUGACUUGACCGAAAUGGAGGCACUGCAGAAGAAACUUCAUGAAGUGUUGGGCAAGAAAAUGUACCUCCUAGUGCUUGAUGAUGUUUGGAAUGAAGAUGGACAAAAGUGGAAAGACAUGCUAUCAUUGUUGUGCUCAGAUGCUGGCCCCGGUAGUGCUAUAAUUGUGACAUGCCGUAGCGAGCAAGUUGCUUCUAUUAUGGGCACACUUCCUACACAUCAUAUAUCACUUUUAAAAGAGGAUCAAUCAUGGGAGCUUUUUCAUACGAAUGCAUUUGGAAGGACAGUGGAAAAGACAGAAGAAAUUAUUUCAGUGGCUAAGAGUAUUGUACACAAGUGUAAGGGGUUGCCUCUUGCUAUCAAGACCAUCGCAACGUUACUUCAUUUGAAGGAUCACAGUCAGUGGUUUUCUGUUCUGGAUAGUGAUGUCUGGAAAAAUGAUAUUCUCACAACUAGGAUUGUACCUGCGCUACAACUGAGCUAUGAUCACUUGAAAUCAGAAGAAAAAAUAUGCUUUUCCUUUUGUGCUAUUUUCCCCAAGGGUAGCAUCAUGGAUAAAGACAUGUUAAUCCACCUAUGGAUGGCAAAUGAUUUUGUUCCAUCAGAAACAAGAGGCCAACAAAUUUUUGAUCUACUAGUUUGGAGAUGUUUCAUUCAAGAUGGUGAUAUUCAAAAUAAUCUGCUCUCCGGAUUUCGAGAUGAAUAUAAUGAGUUCAUCUACAUGCCAACCACUUACAAGAUGCAUGAUCUCAUGCAUGAUCUUGCUGACUCCGUAAGUGGAAAUGAUUGCUCUAUUCUGCAAGAAUCUUCAUGGCAACAAAUUCCGCAAGAGUCCACAUAUGUCAAUUCAUUACAACACGAAGUUCGACAUCUGUCACUUGAUUAUGUGCAUGAUCAUACUAUUGCGACCAUGCAGAAAAUUCUUGCUCCCCGGCCCCGCACAAUAUUAGUUCGAAGGGGGGCUAUGGGCAAGUCAAAAUUCAUAUCCUUACGAGCAUUGAAAACAUGCUAUAUCAGGCCAUAUUUGACGAAUUUGAAGCAUCUUCGCUACCUAGAUUGUUCUGACUCUUAUGUAUCUGCGCUGCCUGAAGCCAUUACCAUGUUGUACAGCUUGCAAACAUUGAAGCUCAAUAGUUGUGAAUACCUAAAGAAAUUGCCAGAAGGCAUGAGAUCUAUGAGAAGUCUUCGGCACAUCUUCCUCCUUGGAUGUCAUCGUUUGGAGCGUAUGCCACAAGGUCGUGGAAUUGAUCAACUGAAAGAUCUGAAUCUAGGUGGUGCUCUUUCUUUGUUUGAGCUGAGAAAAGUGCAUGCUGCAGAAAAUGCUAAAGAAGGCAACCUGUCUACCAAGCAUAAUUUGAAACGAUUGUCACUCAAUUGGGAACGUGAACCUUACAGUACUCGUAUUCAAUAUGCAGAUGCUAAAGCAGAAGCAAUAUUAGAGGCCCUUCUUCCCCACAAAAGGCUUGAAAUUCUAGUGUUACGUAAUUACACUGGUGCUAAAUUGUCAUCAUGGAUGCACAACUCUACAGUGUUAGAGCAUCUCAGUGAACUUACUCUGAGUGACUGCAUGAAUUGCAAGGAUCUUCCACCAUUAUGGCGGCUGCCCUCCCUCGUGUACUUGCACAAUGAGGAAUGUUGUCUUUCUACGUCACCCUUCUUUCCUAAGCUGGAAACCGUGGAAGUUACCAACAUGACUAAGCUAGAGAGAUGGCACCAGGAGGUGGUAGGACAAGUAGCAGACAUAUCAUUCCCUUUGCUCAAGAAACUAGAUAUUUCUGAAUACCCAAUGCUUGCAGGCAUGCCCAAUAUGCUCCCUUUGCUUGAACAUCUACAGGUAAAGGAUGCAAGAGACAUUCCCCUUCAUCAUCUGAUGAAUCUGUGUGGGCAAUCUAGUUUUGAGUGCAACGGCUCCAUUGAAGUGGAACCUGCAUUUGGUUGGCGGUCUAUUGGUGACCUUCAUUUCUCGCGGCUUGGAGACUCUUCUGUGAGACUGAGACUCAAGGGUUUGAUGGUCAAUGUAGAGCACUUUGAAAAGGAGCUUAACAGAUGUGAGCCAUUGAGGAGAGUCAACUCAGUUAGUUAUUUGACUAUUGACAACCUCAUCACCAACUCAGAUCUUUAG